CCAGCUUCAGAUGCUCGAGGUGAGAAACAUGCCUUUCAGUUUGGGCUACUGGUUUACUUAAUCGACCCACUGUCAGCUUGGUUUCUAUUUUGGCCCCUGUCCUCUUGACCAGCUGCGAUGGUUUGGAGAAGCAUUUAAAAGAACUGCAAAAGUGGCCCAGAAACAGCAGUAAAGAAUUACGAUAUACUUUUACUUGGUAGUUGCUAGAGGCUUUUUUUCCCUUCUUUUCUCCUGAACUCCUCUUGCUUUUGAUAAUGGCCUUGGACUUGGACGACUUAUCGAUUUCCCCCUGUAAGAUGCUGUAUCAUUUGCUUGGGGGGGGCUCUGCAUGGUAAUGGACCGUGAGAGAAGCCAGGCCUUCUGGAGGUGAGCCGAUGGAGAUCUAUUCCCCAGACAUGUCUGAGGUAGCUGCUGAGAGGUCCUCCAGCCCCUCCACUCAGCUGAGUGCAGACCCAUCUCUUGUUGGGCUUCCGGCAGCAGAAGACAUGCCAGAGACCCAGACUGAAGAUGGGAGGACCACUGGACUGGCAGUUCCCUGCUGUGUCUGCCUAGAAGCCGAGCGCCUGAGAGGUUGUCUCAACUCAGAGAAAAUCUGCAUUGUCCCCAUUCUGGCUUGCCUAGUCAGCCUCUGCCUCUGCAUUGCCGGCCUCAAGUGGGUAUUUGUGGACAAGAUAUUUGAGUAUGACUCUCCUACUCACCUUGACCCUGGGGGGUUAGGCCAGGACCCUAUUAUUUCUCUGGAUCCAACUGCUGCCUCAGCUGUGUGGGUAUCAUCUGAGGCAUAUACUUCACCUGUCUCUAGGGCUCAAUCUGAAACUGAGGUUCAAGUUACAGUGCAAGUUGACAAUGCUGUUGUGUCCUCUGAACCUUCAGCAGUACCAACCUUGAAGAAUCGUAUUUUUGCUUUUUCUUUUCUGCCAUCCACUGCACCAUCUUUCCCUUCACCCACUCGGAACCCUGAGGUGAGAACACCCAAGUCAGCAACUCAGCCACAAACAACAGAAACUAAUCUCCAAACUGCUCCUAAACUUUCUACAUCUACAUCUACAACCGGGACAAGCCAUCUUGUAAAAUGUGCAGAGAAGGAGAAAACUUUCUGUGUGAAUGGAGGCGAGUGCUUCAUGGUGAAAGACCUUUCGAACCCCUCAAGAUACUUGUGCAAGUGCCCAAAUGAGUUUACUGGUGAUCGCUGCCAAAACUACGUAAUGGCCAGCUUCUACAAGCAUCUUGGGAUUGAAUUUAUGGAAGCGGAGGAGCUCUACCAGAAGAGGGUGCUGACCAUCACCGGCAUCUGCAUCGCCCUGCUAGUGGUCGGCAUCAUGUGUGUGGUGGCCUACUGCAAAACCAAGAAACAGCGGAAAAAGCUUCAUGACCGGCUUCGGCAGAGUCUUCGGUCUGAACGAAACAACAUGGUGAACAUAGCAAAUGGGCCUCACCACCCUAACCCACCCCCCGAGAACGUCCAGCUGGUGAAUCAAUACGUAUCUAAAAAUGUCAUCUCUAGUGAGCAUAUUGUUGAGAGAGAAGUGGAGACAUCUUUUUCCACCAGUCACUAUACCUCGACAGCUCAUCAUUCCACUACUGUCACCCAGACUCCUAGUCACAGUUGGAGCAAUGGACACACUGAGAGCAUCAUUUCAGAAAGCCACUCUGUAAUCAUGAUGUCAUCAGUAGAAAACAGUAGGCACAGCAGCCCAACUGGGGGCCCAAGAGGACGUCUUAAUGGCAUGGGAGGCCCUCGUGAAUGUAACAGCUUCCUCAGGCAUGCCAGAGACACCCCCGACUCCUACCGAGACUCUCCUCAUAGUGAAAGACAUAACCUUAUAGCUGAGCUAAGGAGAAACAAGGCACACAGAUCCAAAUGCAUGCAGAUCCAGCUCUCAGCAACUCAUCUUAGAUCUUCUUCCAUUCCCCAUUUGGGCUUCAUUCUCUAAGACACUUUGGCCUUUAGGAAGGUAUGUGUCAGCAAUGACCACCCCGGCUCGUAUGUCACCUGUAGAUUUCCACACGCCAAGCUCCCCCAAAUCGCCCCCUUCGGAAAUGUCUCCACCUGUGUCCAGCACGGCGGUGUCCAUGCCCUCCAUGGCAGUCAGUCCCUUUGUGGAAGAAGAGAGACCUCUGCUUCUAGUGACACCACCAAGGCUGCGGGAGAAGUAUGACCAUCACCCUCAGCAAUUCAACUCCUUCCACCACAACCCCGCGCAUGAGAGCAACAGCCUGCCCCCUAGCCCCUUGAGGAUAGUGGAGGACGAGGAGUAUGAAACCACCCAGGAGUACGAGCCAGCCCAAGAGCCUGUUAAGAAACUCACCAACAGCCGGCGGGCCAAAAGAACCAAGCCCAAUGGCCACAUUGCCAACAGGUUGGAAAUGGACAACACCACAAGCGCUGAGAGCAGUAACUCAGAGAGCGAAACAGAAGAUGAAAGAGUAGGUGAAGAUACACCUUUCCUGGGCAUACAGAACCCCCUGGCAGCCGGUCUUGAGGCAGCGCCUGCCUUCCGCCUGGCUGACAGCAGGACUAACCCAGCAGGCCGCUUCUCUACACAGGAAGAUUUGCAGGCCAGGCUGUCUAGUGUAAUCGCUAACCAAGACCCUAUCGCUGUAUAAACCUAAAUAAACACAUAGAUUCACCUGUAAAACUUUAUUUUAUAUAAUAAAGUAUUCCACCUUAAAUUAAACAAUUUAUUUUAUUUUAGCAGUUCUGCAAAUAGAAAACAGGAAAAUAAACUUUUAUAAAUUAAAUAUAUGUAUGUAAAAAUGUGUUAUGUGCCAUAUGUAGCAAUUUUUUACAGUAUUUCAAAAUGAGAAAGAUAUCAAUGGUGCCUUUAUGUUAUGUUAUGUCAAGAGCAAGUUUUGUACUGUUACCGCGAUUGCUUUUCCACAGUAUUUCAGCAAAACCUCCCAUACAUUCAGUUUUUGCUGGCUUCUUGUGCAUUGCAUUAUGAUGUUGACUGGACAUAUGAUUUGCAAGACUUGCAACGGUUCCUCUGUUUGCUUACAGUAGCACCCAAUCAGUACGUCUUGUAAUGGCACAUCCAUCCAAAUACUCCUCUCUUUUGUAUGAAGUUUUCUUUUGCUUUCAGUAUAUGAAAUGAGUUGUGUCUACUCUGCCAGCCAAAGGUUUGCUUCACUGGGCUCUGAGAUAAUAGUAGAUCCAACAGCAUGCUACUAUUAAUUAAAGCAGGAAACUGCAUUAAGUAAUGUUAAAUAUUAGGAAGAAAGUAAUAUUGUGACUUUUUAAAAACUAUAUUAUAAAUCAGAAGACAGCUUGCUCUUACUAAAAGGAGCUACCAUUUAAUUUAUUUCCAUUUUUUUCUCGACAAAAAGCAACAGUUUUGAGGGUAGCAUAGAAAAUGCGUUCUGGCUUGCUACCAGGGUAAAUCCAACACCUUAUAAGAGGACUCAAUUUCACUUUCUCUCUGGGGGAAUGACAUAGCGGCUCCUCUAAUUGAAGAGCAAACCGUGGCUGGAAAAGGUGCAAUCAUUCCUGACUUGUGUUUUUCACUGAUUUGGGAGCUAGUGAUCGGUCGUGUCUUCUCAGCUCAAAACAGACAUGCUAUGGCACAAAAACCGCAGCUUAAACAGCACACUCAGCAGUUCACCUGAAAUACUUCUAGAGUGAAACGUGCCUGCUGUACAUAGUGGUGACAUGUCAUCAUAGGGAAAUAGAGUCUAGGAGUGAGUGUUUAGAGGACACAGGUGAAGAGCAGCUAUGUGACUUAGUUGUGAUCUUAAACGGUUUUGUUGGCCACUCCUUUCUCCUCAUUAUUUUUCCCUUAUUUUUCGAUGUCGCCUUCGUUAGGUCAUAACUAUGCAUGAAUAUUUUUGUCAGGAAUGGCCAAUGUGCAUGUGAUUUGUGAUUAGUAAGAACCUUUCACGAAUGAUGAUGAUUCACCAGGAAAUGUCAAUGGUGUUGGAAAGAUUGCACCUUUCCUUGCAGAACUGACCCCCUCCUGUGUACUGACCUCUGAUUUGCAGCCCGUAUCAGCCAUUUCCUCCCCUUUCUUACUUUUUGCUUUACUGUCUAAACUUUGCAUGUUCUCUUGUGAUUGUAAGUCCAAGGAAGGCCUAGAAGUAUUAACAUUUGAAAAAAACCGCUAAUUCAGGAAAAUAAGAGAAUUUUUUAAGAAUUCCAGACCUAUUUCAUGCCCUGCCUGAUAUCCGUCAAAUUAGGUUGAAGCUUUACCUGGGUUCUAAAUGGCCUUCUAGGAGCCAUGGACAAAAUGGGGAACAGAUUAGCAAGGGAUUCAAAAUACCAGGCAUGAAGUCAGAGUAACUGCUUCUUGUUUGCAAGUAAACUGAACCUAUUUCUUUACCAAAUCUCUAUGUUUAAGUUAAAGGAAGAAAUAACAUGCAAGUAGGUCUUAGAAGAAAAAUGUAGGCUGGACACGAGUCAUAUCAUGAAGCUCCUAUGUGUUUCUACAAUCCACAGAGAUGCCUAUCUGCAGGUCCUUGAAGUUCCUCUGAGUAUUUGGUAGGCCAAGCUGCCCUUCGAUGUUCCCAUCUGCUUCCUCUGUCCUCCACAGUGUCCUCGUUUGCUUGUUGACCUACACUGAGGAGCCCUGUCAGGCUGCACAGGUCACAUUGAUUUCCCAGUUCUGUAGAAACAAGUAAACUCAUGGCAAGAGGGAGACAGUCAAUCCAAAGAGGUUCUCUAAAUUAUUCUAAUAUUGCCUUUGAAGGGCUUGAGUCAUUCUUAGAUAUUUCAAUAAAGAAAUUCCUAUCAGUAAUAAAAAUAUUAAAAUUUCUGUUUCAAAGUCUUCAGGCUCUGGAGUAUUCAAAUGUCUCAUUCUGGAGAAUUUCAGGAAUAAACGAAAUAGUCUGUUGAGAGCAAUGAACAUUCUCCUGAAUGUGAAAAUUGCUGUGAAUUUUCAGGUUGCAAAAAUACAUGAAAACUUAGGAUAAGAGGAAAUCUCAUUUCCGAUUUGAUUCUGGUUAUUCACAGAGGUGGCGUUUGUUGGGAUGGUGUUCUCAUCUUAUCCCUUGAUAAGAAAGGACAGCUGACUCCUCGGGGCUACCCGCUGAGGCCACCAGAUUUGUGUUCACAGGGAUAUCUCUGUGACAUUUAAUUGACACAUCGCUCUCAACUGUCCCUGUUUUGAAACUCAGGCAGUGCUGUGGCAAUUCAAAGGAGCAAGACCUAUGUUCCCAGCAUGUGGAAAGAUUUUGUGAGUUUUUGGGUAGUGGAAAUUGCCCAGAAGUUCAAUAACAACUUUUUUUCCUAGGCCCGAAAUUAUAUCCCACUGAAGGAUAUGCAGCGGAACAUAGUAUAUGCAAAACUCCUUUUUCUCACUCAAGAUUCCUUUUCUGUUCUACUCUCCCUUCUUGCUUGGUAUGACUUUUCUUCAAGAGUACCUGGACAGCUCAUGCUUUCUACAAAAUAGCACUCUACCUGUGUGUAUGUGAACGUGUUCCAAACACCAAUAUGCCACAUCUUCCUUGUUUAAGUGUGACUGUUUUGAUACAGGUGGAGUUUAUCCAGGGUAACUUGCUCAGUAACUAUUCCUUUUUUUUUUUUUUUUUUUUGGCCUAAGGUUGAAAGGUGCAUGAUUCACAUUAGGGAAAAUAAGGAAGGCCUGGUUUUAUCAUUUAGUACUGGCUGCAUUCCUCCAGCCACAGUGAUUUCUAUCUACAAAGACCCAUGAAAUACUGCAGAGAAAUGCAGACAAAAAGAAAUGGCCAUGUAUCACGAGUUCUAUUAUGUAUUCUUUUGUAAAUACACAUUGUACAUUACUUGGAUAUUUUCCUAAAUCAUUUACUGUCUUUAUGAGUUAAUGUCAGAUUUUUACUCUCUCAACUUACAGUGUAACAUUGUAAAUAACAUAAUGUCUUUUAUUAUUUAUAUUUAAGCAUCUAACAUAAAGUCGUUUUCAUAUAAGUUUAAGAUAAAUGUCGAAAAUAUAUAUUUUUUGUUUUUCUUUGCUUUAAAAUUAUGUAUCUUUUCCUUUUCCUUUUUUUUUAAAGAAUAAUUUAUUGUUCAGGAGAAAGAAUGUAUAUGUAAUUGAAACUAUUUGAAGAAUGCACAUUUGAAGGCCGUGAGGUACUGAUAAACUAAAGAAUUUAUUAUCCAAAAUACUAAGCAAUAAGUAAUUGUGAUUUAUUUAAAGUUUUGUUCAUUUUUCAUGAAAGACAUUCUGCAAUAAAAACGCUACUCUGUGGAGACCCGG